AUGUCCGAAGAGCUUCAAGACGAGGUCGAAGCCAUCAACUCCAUCUACGGCGACGGCAGUCUCGCCCCAUCAGAAGAUGAUUCCUCAAUCUAUAUCUUAAAUCUCCCUGGCGAUGCUUCCUCACUCCGUCUCAAGUUCCCUCCAGAUUACCCCUCUCAACCACCCACCGUCUUAGGCACCCACCACAGCUCCGGCGGCGUAAAGGGCGCUGGCGCUCGUGAUCUUGGACUUUUCAGGGAUGCUUUGGGUGAGGUCUUUCAAGAAGGUUUGGUAUGCCUCUUUGAUGCUGUAGAGGAGUUUACGCGGAGGGCGGAAGAGCAAAAGCCAGAGUCUGAGGAAGUCCAACCUCAAGCUGCGUCAACACCCGAGGAAGAAUAUUAUGAAGAGCCGGAUUUCCCACCCCCGGAAUGGAUUCUCUCCGACCUCGUUACAGAGUCAAAAUCAACAUUCCUAGCGCACGUUGCGAAAGUCACAUCGCCUGAUCAAGCACGCUAUUACGUCCAGCUUCUUCUCGCAUCAGAUAAGCGCAUCCGCGGCGCCACGCACAAUAUGACAGCGUGGAGGAUCCGAGGACCUGGCGCAUCGAGUUUCCAGGAUUGCGAUGACGAUGGCGAGGCCGCUGCAGGAGGAAGAAUGUUGCAUCUUAUGCAGGUCAUGGAUGUUUGGGAUGCUAUGGUUGUGGUGACGAGGUGGUAUGGUGGUGUUCAGCUAGGACCUAGAAGGUUUGCGCUCAUCAACGCUGUAGCAAGGGAUGGGUUGGUGAAGGCUGGUUUGGUUAAAGAGGAGAAGCAGGAGAAGAAAAAAGGGAAGUGA